AUGCGUCUAAACCGUGUUCAUGAUACUAUUUGCGAGGAUCAUGACGUUAUCACGGUGUCGGUGGCGGUGUCGGUGCUGACGCUGACGUUCAUCAGCAUCGACCGCUGGUACGCCAUCUGCUUCCCGCUGCGCUUCAACUCCACCACCAACCGCGCCAAGACGGCCAUCGGCAUCAUCUGGUUUGUGUCGCUCGCCUUCGACAUCCCGGAGCUGGUGGUGCUGAGGGCCCGCGGCCGCGACUGGGACUCUGUGCUGCUGACGCAGUGCGAGAGCACCUGGAGCUACGACUCCGAGAUGGUGUUCCACGGCGCCAAGAGCCUGCUGCUGUACACGCUGCCGCUGCUCUUCAUGUCGGUCGCCUACUACCAGAUCGUGCGCGUCCUCUGGCGCUCCGACACCAUACCAGGGCAGGCUCAGGAGACGUCCAGUAGGCGAAGUGUCAGCGCCAACGGCCGCAGCACCAAUCCCUACGGUACCUGCAGCAGCCGUCGCAGCACGGUCAGCAGCAACGCGGCCACCGAGGUGCAGCUGCGGUCGCGCCGCAAGGCGGCCAAGAUGCUGGUCGCCGUCGUCGUCAUGUUCGCGCUCUGCUACCUGCCCGUCCACCUGCUCAACAUCCUCAGGUACACCAUGGACAUUCCGCAGAAUGAUGCGACGAGCAUCAUUUCGAUGCUGUCCCACUGGCUGUGCUACGCUAAUUCAGCAGUCAACCCCAUAAUCUACAACUUCAUGAGCGGCAAGUUCCGGCUGGAGUUCCGGCGGCUGUUCUGGAAGUGCGCGUACGGCGGCGGCGGCCGCUACUCGUACGCCCCACGCGUCGGAUACAUCGCGCUGCGUACGCGCCGAAUAGCCGGAAAUAAAACAACGGCAGCGCGCGGCGGCGUCCAAAUAAAAUCCGGAAGCAGAGAGAAGGCGGAGGCGGCGGCGUCGGCGGCGGCGGCAGCGGCGUUAUGCGCGUGGGCGGAUCGGCAGGGCGGGGCAGCAGUUAAAUUUAACGACCGUAAGCCGGCUCUGCUGGGCCGGAGAGUGGCACAGCCAGAGCACGGGACAGGGCGCGGCAGAACGGCAAGAAGCGGCCGCCUGCGGCAGAGUGACCCCGCGGGAUGA